AUGAUCCUUUCCAUUGUGCAAUUGAUACACACCGACUACGUCAUCCGCUCAUUGCACAAGUAUCUUGUUUACGUCGCAGUAAUGACAGUAGGGUCUAUCAUCAACAUCUUCGGGUCUCGAAUGUUGCCGGCGUUCAAUCGUUUCAUAUUUUUUCUCUCCAUAUCUACCUUUACGAUUACCACUGCUACAUUGUUGUUUUGUAGUUAUCCUAAUUACAACUCCGCCAAGUGGGUGUUCACAGAUAUCACAAUCUCCAGCGGAUGGAGCAGUCACCCUCUUGCAUGGGUGCUUUGUUUUGUCAACAGCCUUUAUGGAUUUCUAGGGACUGAUGCUGGUGUCCAUAUGUCUGAAGAGCUUCCCAGCCCAUCUUCUAAUGCACCUAAAAUCAUCCUGUACCCCAUCAUCAUCGGACUUGCCACAGCGUUCCCUUUCGCCUGCGCCUGCAUGUUCGUUAUCAAAGACAUGGACGAAAUCCUUGGUGCACCGAGUGGACUUCCUCUGAUUCAGCUGUAUUACCAGGCGACAGAUAGCCGCUUGGUAACAGUUCUUCUCAUGAUUGCUUUCACAAUUUGUUUCUUUGCCUGUGUCGUCGCAAAUAUAACAGGAUCAUCUCGUACCUUGUGGUCUGCUGCUCGAGAUGACUGCUUUCCUCGGUCUGAUCUAUGGAAAAAGGUCAGCCCCAAGUUUGGGAUGCCUCUCAAUUCUGUUCUGCUGCAGGUAACCUUUACUGCUCUUUAUGGACUCGUUUUCUUAGGAUCAGAAACGGCAUUCGAGCUCAUGGUUAGUGCUUCGAUAAUAUUUUUGGUAGGAUCAUAUGUUCUUCCACAAACGAUUCUAUUGUUUGUGGACCGCAAUGAGCUUCUGCCAGUGCGGCCAUUUAAUCUUGGACGAUUCGGUUACGUCAUAAAUCUCGUCUCAACUGUGUGGACAGCUCUACUAGUUAUUGCUUGCUGUAUCCCUACAGAAUAUCCAAUCAAACCAUCAAACAUGAAUUACAAUAGCGUCGUCACGGUCGUUUUGCUCUUGUUAACUUGGAUUGGAUGGGCCGCUUCCCGUAAGGGCGUCUUCCGGGGGCCGAAUAUCGAUAGAAACAGGCUCGACAUAACAAGAAGGAGGCGCUUGCGUGAAGAUGACGUUGAUGAGCGCACGCCACUGCUUUGA